AUGACUGCACUUAUUGUUACAGCUGUUGUGUUGGUUCUGGCAAUAAUCAUCGCUCUCCUUGUUUAUUUUUUAGCAUUUUAUCAGAAGUCUCAUUAUUACCAAAGCUCUUUUCAAAUCCCCAGUGUUGAAUAUAAUCCUGAAGUGUUAGUAGAACACUCAAAAAUUAGAAAUGAAUUGGAACAAAAAGUCAAUAAUGAGAUAGAUAAUAUAUUUCAAAGAUCCAGUUUAAAUCGUUAUUACAUCAAGUCUCAUGUUGCCAACUUUAGGUCAAAUGAUGGUUUAAAAACAGAUGUAUUACUUAAAUUUCAGUUUCUUGUUCGCCAUGCAGAUAGUUUAAAAAGACAAGCUGACAUUAUUUUGCAUCAGAAAUUGAAAUUAGAUGAAAGUUUCCUGAAGAUAGAUAACUCAUUACCUUAUCUAAAAGAGAUGAGUGAAGUACAAGCAGAACACAUUCUGAACAACCGCUGUGGUAUAGGGAGGGAUUAUCCAACUAUGGAAAGAAUUGCAGAUGGUAGUAUUGCAAGGAAAACUGACUGGCCAUGGCAAGCCAGCCUGCAGAUGGAUGGCAUCCAUUUCUGUGGAGCAUCUUUGAUUAGUGAGCAAUGGCUCCUGACUGCAGCUCACUGCUUUGACACUUACAAAAACCCCAAACUCUGGACGGCCAGUUUUGGAACAACUCUAAUCCCUGCACUGAUGAAAAGAAAGGUGCAGUUAAUUAUCAUCCAUGAAAACUAUGCUGCCCAUAAGCAUGAUGACGACAUUGCCCUGGUGAAACUCUCCACCCCUGUUUUAUUUUCCAAUGAUGUGAGCAGAGUGUGUCUCCCAGAUGCUACCUUUGAAGCCUUGCCUAAGAGCAAAGUGUUUGUUACUGGAUGGGGCGCAUUUAAAGCAAAUGGUCCCUUUACAAAUACUCUACGACAAGUUGAAAUAGAGAUCAUAAGUAAUGAUAUAUGUAAUCAAGUUUAUGUAUAUGGUGGUGCUGUGUCAUCAGGAAUGAUUUGUGCCGGAUUCUUAUCAGGAAAACUAGAUGCCUGUGAGGGUGAUUCAGGGGGACCUCUAGUUAUAGCACUUAAUGGAAGCAUCUGGCACGUCAUUGGAAUAGUAAGCUGGGGAAUCGAUUGUGGAAAAGAAAAUAAGCCUGGAGUUUAUACCAAAGUGACUCUUUAUAGGGACUGGAUUAAAUCUAAAACUAACAUCUAG